AUGGUGGAAAUCCCGAGCCCCCGUGAACCCGUUGAGAAACGGACUUUCGGGAAUUCCUGUGUUAACCAAACACUGAGAAUGGCCUCGACGCAUAUGCAACAUUCUGUUGAGAUAGAGGCGAUGAAAGAAGACUUGGAGCACAAGGUGUGCCCAAUUGUAAAGUUGCAGACUUUCGGACUUCAAUUCACAUUUUCUGGGUUGUGGGGUUUGUUCACUAAUGUGUGUGUGUCCCGAAUCACACGUCGAGUCCAACAUGGCAUUGGAUGCCAGCUCAUCAUUCGCCUUUAUAUACACUUCACUCCCUCCUGUUUUCUUCAUGCUCCAGUGAGAGACGGAGAGAGAGAGAGUCUUGCUGAGUUUAGUUUAGUGGGUAUGGAUUGGUUCGUGUGGGUGAUGUGUCUGGCGAUCUGUGGAGUGGUUUCUGGAACCAAGUUCGAGGAUUUGUACCAGCCGAGUUGGGCUACAGACCAUGUCGUCUACGAAGGAGAGGUCAUCAGGCUCAAGCUCGAUACCUUCUCUGGAGCUGGGUUUGAAUCCAAAAGCAAGUAUAUGUACGGGAAAGUCUCUAUCCAGAUCAAACUCGUCGAGGGAGACUCUGCAGGCACUGUCACUGCUUUCUACAUGUCUUCGGAUGGUCCGAAACACAACGAGUUUGAUUUCGAGUUCUUGGGGAACACAACCGGCGAACCCUACCUGUUACAGACCAACAUUUACGUGAACGGUGUCGGUAACAGAGAACAGAGGCUCAACCUCUGGUUCGAUCCAACCACUGAUUUCCACACUUACUCCAUCCUCUGGAAUCAGCGCAUCGUCGUGUUCAUGGUCGACGAGGCACCGAUAAGAGUUCACAAGAAUCUUGAAGACAAAGGGAUUCCAUUUGCCAAGGACCAAGCCAUGGGAGUGUACAGUUCGAUCUGGAACGCAGACGAUUGGGCAACUCAAGGUGGUCUGGUCAAGACAGAUUGGAGCCAUGCCCCAUUUGUGGCCUCCUACAAGGGCUUUGAGAUCGAUGCCUGUGAGUGCCCUACCUCCAACGAGCUCACCAAAUGCAGCAAUGGCGGAAGCAAGGACAAGAGUUUCUGGUGGGAUGAGCCCACGUUGUCUGAACUCAGCCUUCACCAGAGCCACCAACUUGUAUGGGUUCGAGCCAACCACUUGAUUUAUGACUACUGCUUCGAUACCACUCGGUUCCCUGUUACUCCUCUCGAGUGCCAACACCAUCGCCAUUUGUAGACUUUAAGCAGAGAAAACUGUUCUGGCAUUUAAAAAAAACCAGCCAUGUAGCUCCAUGUUUCAUGUUUAUAGUACAGUUCAUGUUCUUUCCAACAAUGGUGGUUUGGUUUCAUA